UCCGGCUGGGAGCCCCGCGGCAGGCCAGUCCCAGGCCGCUGGCUCUGCGGUCCCGGGCGGACCGGCUGCGAGUCGGCGCCGGCUGCGCGCCCAGGGGCCAAGGGGGUGACCGUCGAGACGCGAGGCCCAGCUCCCCCGGCGCCCGCGUCCCCGCUCCCGGGCCGGCGCAGGGCGGGCCCGGAGCUCUAGAUGCCGCCAGCCCCGGGGCUGCGGAGCGGGCCGGGUGGCUCCUGCGAUGGCGGCGGAACAGGAGGCUGCGGCCAGAGACAGAAUACUCCUUGAAGAGAACCAGUGCAUUUCUCCUGUGGUUUCUAGUCAUAUGAGCACAUGGACAAAACCAACAGCUGUUGGAUCCCUCAGCCCACAUGUGAUAGAGUUCCCAAGAAAACGAAAAGGAAGUGACUCAGGCCCAUCCCAGUCAGGACUCAUGACAGAAAAAGUGGUGGAAAAGCUCUCUCAGAAUCCUUUUACCUAUCUUCUUUCAACAAGGAUAGAAAUAUCAGCAUCCCGUAGCAGCAGACUGGAAGAUGGUGAACGAGUAAAAACAAAGUCCUUCAGAGAAGCUCAUAGCCAAACCGAAAAGCGGAGGAGAGAUAAAAUGAAUAAUCUGAUUGAAGAACUGUCAGCAAUGAUCCCUCAGUGCAAUCCCAUGGCACGGAAACUGGACAAGCUCACAGUGUUAAGAAUGGCUGUCCAACACUUGAAAUCUUUAAAAGGUAUGACAAAUUCUUAUGCAGGAGGUAAUUAUAGACCUUCAUUUAUUCAGGAUAAUGAGCUCAGACACUUAAUCCUUAAGACUGCCGAAGGCUUCCUAUUUGUGGUUGGAUGUGAAAGAGGAAAAAUUCUCUUCGUUUCUAAAUCAGUCUCCAAAAUACUUAAUUAUGAUCAGGCUAGCUUGACUGGACAAAGCUUAUUUGACUUCUUACAUCCAAAAGAUGUUGCCAAAGUAAAGGAGCAACUUUCUUCUUCUGACCUUUCACCAAGAGAGAAGCUGAUCGAUGCCAAAACUGGCUUGCAAGUUCACAGUAAUUUCCACAGUGGAAGGAUGCAUGUGUAUUCUGGCUCGAGGCGAUCCUUUUUCUGUCGGAUAAAGAGCUGUAAAAUCUCUGUCAAAGAAGAGCAUGAAUGCUUAUCCACCUCAAAGAAGAAAGAUCAUAGAAAAUUCUGUACUAUCCACUGCACUGGUUACUUGAGAAGCUGGCCUCCAAAUAUUGUUGGAAUGGAAGAAGAAAGGGACAAGAAGAAAGACUGUAGUAAUUUUACCUGCCUUGUUGCUAUUGGGAGAUUACAUCCAUAUAUUGUCCCACAGAACAGUGGAGAGAUUAAAGUGAAACCAACUGAAUUUAUAACCCGGUUUGCAAUGAAUGGAAAAUUUGUCUAUGUGGACCAAAGGGCGACAGCAAUUUUAGGAUAUCUGCCUCAGGAGCUUCUGGGAACUUCUUGCUAUGAAUAUUUUCAUCAAGAUGACCAUAGUAAUUUGACUGACAAGCACAAGGCAGUUCUGCAGAGUAAAGAGAAAAUAUUUACAGAUUUAUACAAGUUCAGAAAGAAAGAUGGCUCUUUUGUAACUUUAAAAAGCCAGUGGUUUAGUUUCACAAAUCCUUGGACCAAAGAACUGGAAUACAUUGUGUCUGUCAACACUUUAGUUUUGGGACAUAAUGAGAUGAAAGAAGUGUCAUUACUCCCUUGUAGCUCUCAAUCAUCAGAAGAAUCCUCUAAACAGUCUUGUAUUAGUGUGCCUGGAAUGUCUACUGGAAUAGUACUUGGUGCUGGGAGUAUUGGGACAGAUAUUAUAAACGAAGUCCUGGAUUUCCAGAGGUUACAGUCUUCUUCCUCCCUUGAUGACUCAAGUCCAACAAAUUUAAUGAAAGAUUCUCAUGCUAUCAACUGCAGGAAAAUUUCAAAAAAGGAGUCGAUUCCACUAAAUCCUUCUGAAAUGGGGAAGCCAGAGGCUACAAGGCAAAACCAGAGUGCUGAUAAUUCUCACAGUCACGAGCCACUCUUUGGUGACAGUGCCCAGCUGGAUUUUGAUGCCCUGUGUGACAAUGAUGACACAGCCAUGGCUGCCUUCAUGAAUUACUUUGAAGCAGAGGGGGGCCUGGGAGACCCUGGGGACCUUGGUGACAUCCACUGGACACUCUAGCAUUUGAUUCUUAAUUCUUACAAAUUAGGAAUGUGUUAAAGCAUUUCAUUGACAAAAAAAAAAAAA